CCCGGUCUCACUUACGUGAUCAUGUAAACGAAAUGCGAGUUUUAGGAAAGUGCAAUAUCUUGGUCAGGCAGUACCGUAACUUAUCCACGCAAUCUGGCCGCCGGAGAGUGGUGGUCACGGGAUGUGGAGCAGUCACACCGCUAGGCAACAAUGGACCGGAAUCCUGGCGACGCAUCCUGGCCGGCGAGUCGGCUAUUUCUCGGCUAAGUCCGGAGUUCAAGGGAUUGCCCUGCCAGGUUGCGGCUCAAAUCCCGAGGGAAAACCUACAGCUGGACCAGCACCUGACCAAGUCGGACAUAAAGCUGAUGAGCCCCGCCACACAGUUGGCCGUAUUGGCGGCGGAGGAGGCCUUGGCCACCGGAAAGCUGUGCCCCAAGCAAUUAAGCGAGGAAGAGCUUGAGCGGUUUGGAGUAUGCGUUGGCAUGGGAAUGUUCGACCUGGCAGAGGUCUAUGGAGCCUGGAACCAGCUACAACGAGGCUACAACAGAGUUAGCCCAUUUUUCGUGCCCAGGCUGUUGCCCAGCAUGGCGUGUGGUCACAUCAGCAUGCGAAAUGGCUUAAGAGGACCGAACCAUUCGGUGUCCACAGCCUGCGCCACUGGGGCCCAUGCUCUGGGGGAUGCUAUGCGGUUUAUUCGCAGCGGAGAUGCGGAUGUGAUGCUGGCGGGGAGUGGCGAGGCCUGCAUAGACCCCCUCUCUAUCGCUGGGUUUUGCAGACUGCGGGCUUUGAGCACCGCAUUUAACGAUAAUCCGGCGGUUGCGUCCAGACCGUUUGACAAAUCACGAGAUGGCUUCGUAAUGGGCGAGGGCGCAGCUGUCCUUUUGCUGGAAGAAUUAGAGCACGCCCGCGCUCGGGGAGCUCCUAUUCUAGCCGAGAUUCUGGGCUACGGAUUAUCCGGUGAUGCCUAUCACAUAACCUCGCCAAGCGAUGAUGGUGCCGGAGCCACUCUUGCCAUGAAGCGGGCAAUACAGGAUGCUGGGAUUGCACCAGAGGAUAUUACCUAUGUAAACGCUCACGCAACUUCCACGCCUACCGGGGAUCGCAUUGAGUCACACGCUAUAGGUCGUGUUUUUGGGAAACACACUCCCCAGGUAAGGGUUUCCUCCACAAAGGGAGCGCAUGGCCACCUGUUGGGCUCCUCCGGCAACCUGGAAGCCCUUUUUGUGGUGCUAGCCUGCGCGGAGAACAAGAUUCCGCCCUCCAUCAACAUAGAUCAUCUCGAUGUGGACGUCAAUGUGAUCACGAAAGCUACUAAAUGGUCAUCAGACCAAAAACGACGCGUUGCCCUCAAGAAUUCAUUUGGCUUCGGAGGAACCAAUGCUUCCCUCUGCAUUGCUAGCUACAUUGAAUAGUAGCUAAGAGUUGUUACCUAUUUUUUAAAGACCAAAGAAAAUAAAAUCCUUGAAUGUUUGCAUAUUUUUAGGAAAAAUGUUUAGUUUUAAAACUUUAUUUGGAAAACUUUUUCGGUUGCUUGUCUGGCCGUAACGUCGUCGUCUUCGUCAGUUUCUUGCUCUGUAAAAAGGAUUAUGCGUAAUGUUCUUAUUCAAUGCGCCAUGUAUGUACUGUUAUACUGUAUAUAAUAUAUAUAUAUAGGUAUAUAAUUAUGUAUAUAGCUCUGUUUGAUUUGCUUCUGUUGCUUGUCGCUGUUUGUUAUUGCUGUUUUGCUGCCUGAAUUCGCCGCCUUUUGUUUGAAAGCAAUGGAGUUUGUGGAAAAUUAAUGUAAAAUCAGUGGCUGAUGACUGGUUUAGCUUUCGCACGGCUUCUGAAUUUGACAAUAGUUGCAGCUUUCAAUCCGUGCACUUAUCUGACUUAACUAAUUGUUUAAUUUGAAGUGUUUUUAUUUUACAAAAUUGCUUAGGUCGUAAAAUUAAAGUAUGUUGGCUUACAAUCGAAACUCUUCAUAAUCAUUUAAUUUUAUUGGUUUUCUGUUAAUGUUCUGCUGGAUACAGCUUGCCCUGCUGCUCUACCUCUAGAGUCUAGACAUUCCUUGCUAUCUCCGUGUAAUCAUAUACUUUGAAUUUAUAUGCGGCUUAGAUUCGUACUAAUUAUAUGCGUAAAUAAUGUGCUAUAUGUGGGUGUGGGUGAGGGGUGUGUGCAGGCAUGUGUUUGUAAUAGCUCUUGAAUGACCAAACUUUCGUUUGUUACAUAAAUUAUAAACACUUUAUUCGAAAUUUAACUUUUUAAUUUUAGUUUUUACUGUACAGUUUGUGGUUUACGUUGUUCAUUUUAGUUACAGCAGAAAUCAUUGUGUUUUCAUUACUUAAUUUUGCACGUCACAUUCAUUAACAUUGUUAAAUUUCUCCACUCCUUAAUUUAUAUCGCUCAAACAAUUAUAAAUAUAUCUUUCGGCUUACAAUUCAAAUCUGGACAGAAAAAUAUUUUAAACUUUCGGAGGCCAUUCAUUUCCAUAAUUACGUAUCUGGUUUUAGCUUGAUUUAGAAAAUUAAGGGUGGAACUUUAGAGCGUGCUUUUAAUGUUCGACAGAACAUAUCUGAUGAACUCAACUCACAUACGCAUGUUUAAAAAAUAAUUUCAAAUUCGCUGUGUACUAAACGAAUUAACGAACUUUUGAGUUUCGCGCGUUGAAGCUUGCACCUUUAUAGGAAAGUUCAGCUUGCAUUCGGUGUGUUCAGAUUUUAAAUUUCAAAUGCAUAAAAAAUUAUAAAUAUUUUGUUGUUUCGCGUUCUGAUACUGUUACUACAGACCUUUUCACUUACUAUCUUACUAUUUGUUGUUUAAAAGACAUCUAUUUAAGCGCUAAUAAAGUGGUUUGUGGUUGCUAUCGGUUUCUGCUGUCAUAGUGAUGCUGUAACUACACUGAUCCUAAGUCGAAUGCCUGUCCACACGUCUGUGUGCCUUGUGCUGCGGGGGUAUGUACAUGGCAAGCCCGUCAAACCAGAUAAUGCUCCUAGUUGAGCAGUGCAUCCAUAGUGUAUGGAAAUGGAGGGUGUUGCUGCUCGAAUCUAUUUGCUGAAGACGAUAACAACUUGGUUGCCGAUGCUGCU